AUGCUCCAGUCAAAUACGGAUGUGAGGGACUUUCCUACCAAUAUCUUUUGUAACGACUGUCCCAGCAUGGUGGUGCCAUUGAAAAAAAUUUCAAUUACGAGAUUGUUACAGAUGUUGGCGAAAAACAGAGCCGAAGAAUACUGCCAUGAACUAAUAGAGUGUUUAUUGGCUAAUUAUCAUCCUGAUGAUGGACCAACGGAUGUGAAAUAUGCUGUUCUUGCAGAUGCAGAGAUAUCUGAAAAUUCUAGUAUUGAAAUAUAUCGUGCUCUUACAAGACACAUGACACCUUCCAUUUCAAAUGCAUCAUUGCCUGGUAAAGUGGAAUCAAAUACGGAAAGUAUGCAAACAUUGGUGAAUGCUCAAAAUAAACUUGUCAGCAAGAUUCUGAACGUGGCCACAAAUAUUUCUUCUGAACUCUUAGGCUCUGGUGCUGUGAAGUUUGUUCAAGGUGAAUGCAAAUUGAAAAAUGGCGUUCUGGAAAAGGUUGCAGCUCAUUAUCAGGUAGUUGCUUGGGGUGCAGUGUCAAGUAUUUUGGAUCAUGUCGUUCUCUGGUGGUCUCCAGGGGCACUCGCAACGCGUCACAGUCAAGGUGCUCUGCAUCUUAAAGAUUGGCUUCAUCAGUUCAUCCAAGCCAGCAAUGUACCACCCAUCGUGCUUCCUGCGCUGCAAAACCUCUGCGAUGCACUUGGUCAUCACGUGACAACCACGGCAUGGGAUCAACUGUUCAGAAGUGCAUAUACAUCUGCAUUUAACUGUCAAUCUUCAUCAUUAUCAACUGAGGGAUCCGACACAGGACGGAUGUUUGCUGAGUUAUUUUCCUUGCUGGUGUCACUAAAUAAUGAGUGUGAGGUGGGUGGAGAAUGGGUGGUAGGCGCCCCACUGCUCGAACUUCCAGUUUCUGAACAAAUAACGGUCCUUCAUAAAACGGAUCAUUCGAUUCAUACGAUGCGGCUUUGGGCUAUGCAGGCGGCUGGUCAUAUCGCUCAUACUUGGGACCUGAAUGCAUUUUUCCUUCUAGUGCGAGGAGAUUUGAAAAAUUGCAUUGAAGAGCUUUCGUAUCUCAAGUACUGCAACGAGCUUUGGACCUCACCCAGGGGAAAAGGGAACGGCCCAGAGGCAAGUUUACAAAAGAGGCGUUCUUCUACACGGCAAAUAAAAGAUGGAGGUUUAUUCGAUAGCGGCAAGACAGCAAUUAGGCACCAGGCUCAAGAGAGCCUGAAAAGAGCCAAUGCUCUCGCAAAUACCUGCAAACUCGACUAA